AUGUGGCUCCAACGACGUCCAGCGGGGGGCCCUACCUCCUUGGUGCGUGCUCUCGACGACUUUGAGACACUCUUCAGUCGCCGAGCCGGCGAGCCAUACUGUCCUCGCUUCGAUAUGCGUGAGAUGAAAGACCGCUAUGUCCUCGAAGGAGAGCUUCCCGGCGUGGAGAAGAAGGAUAUCAAUAUUGAGUUUACCGACAACAACACCCUCAGUGUGAGUGGACAUACCGAACAGGCAACUUCCACUGAAGGGCCCGAGCAUUCGUGGUGGUACUCAGAACGAUCUACCGGGGACUUCAGACGCUCGUUCAACUUCCCGGCGCCGGUGGAUCAUGAUCAUGUUGAGGCGAGUCUUAAUAAUGGGGUUCUUUCGAUCUCUCUUCCCAAGGCCCAGGCGGAGUCCACUGGCAAGCGUAUCGAUAUCAACUUACUUUUAGUCGCUCAUUGGACAUAUGAUCCAGGUUUCAAAUAUUGUCGCUCAUUAUUCUGGGAUCGCUCGGUCAACUACGGCCCCUUAUAUUCCGGUAAGGCUAUGGAGAAGGUCCGCGCGCAGUUGUACGAUGCGGUGAGUAAAGGGGCCACGGUCUCGUACACGGGCCAUCAAGCAGAUGCAAUGACGGGCAAGGGGCCGAACUUCUACCCUCCAACCGUGCUUACCGGUGCGACUCCUGACAUGCUGUUCACGCAAGAGGAGACCUUCGGUCCUCUGGCCUUUUUGGUUCCCUUCCAGACGGACGAUGAAGUCAUCACUAUGGCCAAUAAAAGUAAUGCUGGACUGGCUUCAUAUAUCUACACAGAGAUUAUCUCGCGCGUGUGGAGAGUCAGCGAGGCGUUGAAAUGUGGCAUGGUUGGAGUUCGUGUAGGGCUGAUCAGUGCUUGUGAGCAGCCGUUUGGGGGAAUUAAGGAUAGUGGAAUUGGCAGAGAGGCCAUAAAAGAGCGAACCAGCACAAUCGCACAUGCAUUCGCUGUAGGGGGCGCCCACGUUGUGGUCGCCGAUAUAUCAGCCGACAAUGGGAACCGCGUUGUAAACGCGAUCACAUCAAAAGCCGACACUGGUAACUCAGGCAUUGCCAUCUUCGUGUCGCUUGAUGUUACCAAGCGUGUCAAAUGGGAUGAGGCACUGGCAAUCGCACUUGCAUACUUUAGGAAGCUCGAUAUUGUGGUGAACAACGCCGGGACAACCUACCAGAAGCAGCCCAGUAUCGACGUCACGGAGGAGGACUUUGACCGCAUUGUUGCAGUCAACAGAAAGAGCAUCUAUCUCAGCGUCUCCGUCAUCAUGCCGCACUUCAUGGCGCGGAAGAAAGGCGUCUUUCUGAACACGUCCUCUGUUUUCUACGGCGAUACUAAAGGGUUUAUGAACACAAUAACGCAAGGAUUGGCCGCCGAAUACGGCCCUCACGGUGUCCGGGUCAACUCGAUCUGUCCUCUGCGCGGAGCUACCGGCCUUCUAGAGAUGUUCAGUGGCGUCCCGGAUACCCCAGAGGAACGAGAGAGGUUUGCGAAGACAGUUCCUUUGGGACGCAUGUCCGAACCAAGCGAUGUCACCUCAGCGGCGGUGUAUUUAGCCAGCGAUGAGGCGUCUUUCGUGACCGGCGUGAACCUGCCAAUUGACGGAGGGCGCCUCGCUGUUUAG